UUCACUUCGCGCUUUGCCCUUAUUCUGAGUUAUUCUGUUUGUUUCCAGUUGCCAUAUUAGUCUGAUUCGUCUGAUACUUAAAUAAUAAAAAAUACUGUUACAAUUGCUAAUUGCUAGUGGUAAUAUGAUGCCGUGCCAGUCCCGCCGAUAUAAAGUCAAAUGUGAUUUGUGCGGAGAUGUGUUUAACAACGACUAUAAAACCAUACAUGGAAAUAAACAUCACCCGGGCAAAAUAGUGAGAGUUCGCAUUGUUGGAGCUCCAGAAAAUCCUUUUGAGGCGGCAAAGAGGAAAAAUAUAUACACAGAUUCACGUUUAGAAGAAAAUGACUCAAGAGACGUAGCCCUAGAAAUUAAUGAACCAUCAACCUCUUCUAAAUGUAUUUCUGCUGUUCAGCCUGUUCUCAUGGAAGUCGUUGAAAAUUCGAUAAAUUCCGGUAAUGAUGAAUGUAAUAACCCUGCAAUGAAAAUGAAAACUGUCGGCGCCUUGGUUGUGUCACUUCCUGAGAGAAUUUCGGAAGGAUCUGAUGAAGCCAUAUCCCAAAAUAAAAACAUCGAAUCUGACUCAAUUGGUAAAAACUCUGUCUCAGAUGUCAGGGAAGAUGAUGAUGCAUCUGACCAUAAUUUAGUAUUAAAUAAUGGCGGCUACAACUUUUGAAAUUUGUUGAUUUUUGACUUUGAAGAUUUGUUUCCUCUGCUAAAAGAAGUGUCAAAAGGUGUUGAAAAUACUGAUGUUGUAGAUCAAUAUUUAGUUGCAUUAAAUAUCAAAGAAAAAGUGACGGUGUUACAAGAUGCGUGUAAGGAUGUUAUAGAAUCAUGUAAUAAUUCCAUUUUAAUAACCGAAGCAAAUCGAAAAAACACAAAAAUUGACGAAAAGAAAUAGGAAAAUAAUAUAGUUCCGCAUGAUCCUGGUUUAAGAGAACGGAAUAUAACUGAUUCGCAAAGAUCUUACUUAAUAGAAUUAGGUCCUCGUCAACCAGUCUUAUCAAAAUUCCCAAGUGAUGGAAAGAAUAGCUUUAAUUCACAGUGCUACAAACAAUUUCCAUUUUUAGAAUACAGCACCGUGAAAGAUGCGGCUUAUUGUUUUGUAUAUUAUCUUUAUGCAGCGGGGAUAGGAAGAGAGAAAUCGGAUUUGGCCUGGAUCAGUACGGGUGUCAAAAAUUGGGGAAAGAUGAAAAGUGCAGGUUCUAUAAAAGAGGGUAAACUGCCUCAACAUUUCAACUCCACUUCUCACAAAAGUGCUUUAUAUGAUUAUGGUAAUUUUUUGGUAAAGUCUAAACAUAUUGAUGUACUCAUCGAUAAAAAUAAAAGAAACCUCUUAACAGAAGAAAACCGCAUACUUUCACAUAAUAUGAUUAUAGUAAAAAUCUUACUUGAUGUAGCGAGAACCCUUUCAAGGCAAGGUGUUGCAUUUCGAGGAAAUGAAUCAGAAAAUGAUACCUUCUAUCAGGUUGUAUGCCUUAUUGCUCGUCAUAACAGUAUUAUGCAGAAAUGGUUAGAAAACCAACAUUUUUGUUCCUCGUACUACGCAUAUAAGUUACCGAUCUCAAAAUGAAUUUAUUCAACUAUUAGGUGAUAAGGUGAGAGCAGAAAUUGUCAAGGAGAUCAACAAUUCUAAUUUUUUCACCAUAAUGGCAGAUCAUACCCCCGACUGUUCAAAUAAAGACCUUCUUUCUGUAGCGGUAAGAAUGGUUGGUAUCAACGGACUUUUAAAGGAAAGACUUCUUUCGAUAAGCGAGGCAGAUGAUAAGACUGGAAUUGGCAUAGCCAAUGAAAUUUUAAAUAUUUUACAGAAUUUAAAAAUAGACACUUCGAAAUUAGCAUUCCAGUCCUAUGACUUUGCGUCAGCGAUGUCGGGUAAAUUUAAUGGAUGCCAGCAGAGAAUGUCUGAACUAGUAGGUCAUAAUAUACCAUACAUACCCUGCCAAGCACAUAGAGUAAACACUGCUGUUGAACACUCUUGCAAGGCAAGUCCACUAGUGUCAGAUAUGUUUAACAUAUUGGAAGAAAUCUAUGUGUUUUUUACAUCCAGUGUAAAAAGAUGCCAGAUAUUAAAAUCACAACUGGAGCAAGUGGAUAACGCCCUUUUUUUGAAAAAUCUUUCAAGAACUCGAUGGACAGCUAGAGCAGAAAGCUUACAAGCAAUAAAUAGAUUAUACGAAAUUAUUUUAGAGACUCUGGAAGACAUAUCUAUAAACGUCAAAGUUGAUAAUAAAACCAAAGGCAAAGCACAGGGUCUCUAUAAACGUAGGCUAUCUUUUGAUUUUAUCUCGUAUUUAAUAUUUUUAAAAACAAUAUUUUACAAACUGAAAAUAGUUACAGAAUUGCUUGAAUCGGAAAGGCUUAACGUUGUAGAUGCUGUAGAAGAAAUUAAAAGCACUGCCAAUAUUCCCGAAAGAAUCCGGAACAAUGAUAAAGAAUUACGUGACCCGAUUGACGCAGCAAAACAAUUCGCAUUUAAAGCGAACAUUUCACCCGAAGAUGAUUUCAAAAAACAUCAUAGGCGGCGAAUUAUACCAAAAAAAAAUCGAUGAAAACAAUCAAAACACGACGUUUUUUACUUUUUUGUACAUAUCAAAGGAUAUUUUAAAAAAGAAUUUAUUUGUGUUUUGGAUGUUUUAUUCACAUUUUUACAAACAAAUUUAAAUGAUGUCAUAGAAAACCUUCGUCCAAUAAUAAAACUAUUUUCUUUGCCAUUGUCUAAUGAAAAUCUUUCUAGGGAACACAUAAAUCUAGUUCUAGCAAUGUAUCCUUGCAACAAGCCAGACCCUUAUGCACUGCAGGGCGAGCUCGAAAUUUUUUUUGAGUUAUGCAGACAAAAAAAUGUAAACUCUAUGUCAAUUUAUUUAUACUGCUGGAUUUUCAGUUGCAAAAAAUGAACGUUCCAAUAGUUCAUUAAAAUUUGUAAAAAAUGCUCUACGGACUCAAAUGAGAAACGAACGGCUUAACUCUUUGAUGGCCCUUAAAUGGGAAAAAGAUAUUACAGACAAUAUCAAUAUAUCUAAAAUUAUGUCAGCAUAGUGCAAGCUCAAAAACCGUAGAAUAAG